CACACACGCCAUACAAAUGUCCGGCAAGUCGUCGUCGUCGUCGUCAUCGCUGGAAAAGUUGCCCAAAGAGGUGACACUUAAACUACGCAAACAACACAUCGGUGGUUCGGUAACAUUGUUUUUCAAACAAAGUCCGCUAAAGAUUGUCCGCGGAUCGGGUCAGUACAUGUACGAUGAAGAGGACACCGAAUAUCUCGACUGUAUCAACAAUGUAGCCCAUGUUGGCCACUGUCACCCGCACGUAGUCAAAGCGGGUGCCGAUCAAAUGGCACUGAUAUCAACCAAUAGCCGUUUCCUUCACGACAAUAUGGUUAUCUAUGCCCGACGGCUGACCAGUUAUUUUCCCGACAAACUAUCAGUUUGUUAUUUUGUCAAUUCUGGUUCAGAGGCUAAUGACUUGGCCAUGCGUUUGGCGAGAGCUCAUACCAACAAUAAGGAUGUCAUCACAUUGGACGGUGCAUAUCACGGCCACCUGACCACUACUAUCGACAUAUCUCCAUAUAAGUUCAAAAAGAUCAAUGGCGGCCAAAAGAAACCGUGGGUUCAUGUGGUGCCACUUCCCUGUUCCUAUCGGGGAAAGUAUACAACCGAUAAACACAGCGAAACGGAAAUCGGUCAACUGUAUGCCCGCGAAGUACAACAAUUGAUAAACAAUGCCCACGACUCGGGCCGCCGUAUCGGUGCCUUUAUUCACGAAUCGAUGAUCAGCUGCGGCGGACAAGUAGUUUUGCCCAAACACUUCCUGAAGACCGCCUACAAGUAUGUGCGCGAAGCCGGUGGCGUAUGCAUUGCCGACGAAGUACAGGUCGGUUUCGGUCGUACAGGACAUAUGUGGGCGUUCGAAACGCAGGGCGUUGUUCCCGAUAUUGUUACCAUUGGCAAGCCUAUCGGUAACGGACAUCCCAUUGCCUGUGUGGUGACCACUGCCGAGAUUGCCCGCAGUUUUGAAAAUAUCGGAACCGAAUAUUUCAAUACAUACGGCGGAAAUCCAGUAUCGCUGGCCAUUGCCAACGCAGUGUUGGACAUUAUCGAACGGGAUCAGCUCAGAGAGCACGCCAUCCGAGUGGGCAAAAUCAUGAAACAAGGACUCCUACGGCUACAACAACAGUAUCCGAUUAUUGGUGACGUCCGCGGCGAAGGACUGUUUCUCGGUGCCGAACUGGUCAUGAGUCGCGAAACUAAAGAACCGGCCGAUCUGGUGGCCAGCUAUGUGGUCGCACGUUUCAAGGAUGAAAAGAUGCUAAUGAGUACGGAAGGCAAAUACGAUAAUGUACUCAAAUUUAAACCGCCGAUGGUUUUCACUGAAGACAAUGCCCGACAGUUUCUCCAGACAUUUGAAACAAUACUCAAAGAGAUCUAUAACGACGACAACAGCGGUCUUAAUGGUCUGAGUUUGUGCUCAUCGGGUGGCAGUUCUGUCAUCAGUAGUAGUAGUAGUGACCACUCGCUGGUCGAUGAAGACUCGGACCAGUCAGACGACUCGACUACCAGUAGUAAAAGCUCAUAGACUUUGUAUAUAUAUAUAUAUAUAAAUAUUAUAACUAAUUAUAAUUAUAAAUAACACGUUAUAUAAUAUACUUUUUUUU